UAUGCUAUCGUGGCGUUUGCUGACGAGCAGGCAGGGGGAAGUCGCUCCAGUCAACCCUCGAGUGACUAACUGUCAUUCUCUACCUUAGUUCCAUCGGAAUUUGUCGCCGCUCACACAACAUCCACCGCCGGUUCCCUCCGCGGCUCAAGAUGCGACGCGCCGGUUUGGGUGAAGGAGGCUCGGGGAGUUAUGUCGCCAGUGGAUACAGUGUCUACGAGGAGGAAAACGAACAUCUCCAGGAGGGACUGAGAGCCAAAGUCAGCGCGCUGAAAAGCUUGUCCAUUGACAUCGGAACGGAAGUCAAAUACCAGAACAAUAUGCUGGACGACAUGGACUCAGACUUUGACUCGACCGGUGGCCUGCUUGGUGCGACCAUUGGCCGAGUGAAGCAGCUGUCCAGAGGCAGUCAGACCAAGCUGCUGUGCUACAUGCUGCUCUUCUGCUGUUUUGUCUUUUUCGUCCUCUACUGGUUCAUCAAGCUGAGGUGAUCGGAGGGAUCCUCCUGGAUUUUGGCCCUUGAUAAAUUUCUCAUCGUCAGACCGCCAGUCUGUGCCACGCUGCUGCGCUUCAAAGUUAGUCCAACAUAACGAGGACGAGAGGCGGGGAUGUCAUACAAAGUCCCCAAAAUCAAGUCACUCCUGAUGCUGUUUGAUAGGAGUCCUAGAAAGUAAAACUGCUUUAGAAAAGUGACAGGUCUGAGGUAAUCAAUGAUCACAUGAAGUAGGUAUCAUAUAUAUUGACAAUGCCAGUAUUUGUGCGGACUUGAUAUCAGCCCAAUUUAACUGAACUGAGACGAUGAGACAUAACAAAACAACUGGAGAAGAAACUGUUUCAAUAACCUCAGCGCAGUAGUGGGCACAUUGAAUAUAUAUAUAUAUAUAUAACGGCAACAGAUCUGUGGAUUACUUAAUCAACCAAAACCUUAACAGCUUCAGAGGUGAUGAAGUCAUAGAAUAACAUCUGAAGCAAAUAAGUGUAACUUUGAUUAAGAAUGAAUGGCAAUGUCACACAAUUUGUCAAACAAUUUUACAGCAGUGUACUUCAUUAGUGUUCAUAUUCUGUUGUAAAAAUGUUUUUUAAUGUAAAUAAAGACGUUUUAUGCUCUGAA